AUGAAUCUGUCUCAGGAUGUUAUUUGGCAAGGUGGGAUUGCUGGAGUUGAUGCGGCUUGGGCACAUUCAAAGCUGAUGAAGCUGUCCCAAACAAGCUUUCUUCUUUUUUCUUCCAUUUUCAUCUCACAGAACAAGCUUUCUUCUUCUCUCCCAUUUUCUUCUCACUUUCUUCCUUCUCUGCCCAAUUUUUUCUCGCUUUCUUCCUUCUCCAAAUUUUCAGAGGCUUUCUCGCUCCAAAAUGUCAACCCGGUGAAUCGACCUCCUCCGGCACUUCUCCAAAAAAUUGACCCGUUUCCGUCGAAAUUGACCUGCUCCGACAAGUCGACUACGCUUCUCCUUCGGCGAAUCGACCUCCGCCGUCGGCACUACCGAAUUGAACCUCAAGGUACAAUCUCGAUUUCUCCUUCUUGUGUGCUCCCGGCCGUUUAA